AUGACUGAAGGAAUGAUGUUCAACGAUUCGUUAGACCCUCUCGAUUUACUUUCUCGCAUAGAACAAGAAAAAAAUGGCACGGAGACACACGCGACGUCGUUUUUUGGCCAAAACACGUUUAACCUUGAGGAAGAAAGAAACUAUGUAUCCAUGAUUCCAGAGUUAUAUUCACGACCAGUAGAUGUCCUUUUAGAAUCAUUACCGGAUCUGCAAAAUGCUUUCCAAGUCACAAGGCCAUCAAGCGAAGAGGAUCAAACAAAUGAUUCUCUUGGCACCGAAUCAAACCAAGAAUUCGCUCCCGAAAUUUCACCUUCCGUUUGGGAUGUCAUAUUAAAUUACAAAGAUCAUGAUAUAAACAGAACGUCUCCAUAUUUAACCGAGGCAGACAUAGCAACCUACGAGUCGGUGUGGCAUAAUCAUUUUCACCAUGAAUUUUCUUACGGGAAUACUGGUGUUGUUGUAGACCAAGAGCUCUUAAUACAGAACAUCUUAAAUUUGGUUAUUGGAAUUCCUUCGACUUUAUUCUAUUAUGAUCCAACCAGAAAAAUAUUUAGCCCAAAGAUAUCAAACAUUCGCAUUAGAGGUUGUAGCGCUAAAAGUAUGAGUAUGAUGAUGAUUCGAUUUUUGAACCUCGGAACUCAUAUCAAACGCUUGGAAAAUGCCGCAGAGCGUUGCAUGAAAUCUGCGCCUAUAUAUGGUUUAACGGGGGUCGCCUUUGGUCGGUCUCUUUCCUCAUUUAUUUCACUCGUACGAAAGUCUACAAUUGCGAUGUUCGAAAAACACGAAGUGAAAGAUAACACUAGAAUUGUUGGUCUAUAUCACGUUAUGGAUGAAGUUUCGUUUGUAGUUGAGAAAAUAGCUGCAUUUUGUCGAUGCGAUGUUGCGGACUCUAGAUCUGCCGAGUUGUCACCUGAACAAAGUGAUCAACGGGAGAAAGAAGGUUUUUAUUUACCCUUUGGCUCAGGCACGUUAUCGGAGAUUUAUACCACUGCCGAAUCAAUAGAUUCAACUCGUUCUCCCUUCCUCAAGUCUACAUUGUUGGCAUUCUUGAAACAAUCCAGUGAACCAUUCUUUCAAAUGUUGAACUCGUGGCUCGGAAUAUUUUCACCAACUAAUCACGAUCUGUUACCUAUUGACGCGCCAAAGGGUGAUUUUCGCGAUCCAUAUAAGGAAUUCUUUAUCGUUAAUUUUGAAAUAGAUGCUUCAUUCGUGAAGCACGAUGGAAAUUGCUUUUGGCAUGAUGGAGUACAGGUUAGCGAUAAAAAUCUCCUGCCAGCUUUCAUUGAUGCAGGGCUAGCACGUGAUGUUCUGGAAGCUGGAAAGUCUUUGAGAUUGUUGAGAGAUUACCAACCGGAUCAUCCGCUGUGCCACGCGGGUACUAUGUUAAAUCCAAUAACCAGUAAAUCGGGGUGUGACAUAAAUAUGAAAUGGCUCUUUAUCCAAGGAGAUAUUGAUGAGAUGCAGGAUCAACUUCAAAAUUAUUUUCGUGCUGUGACCAUUGCUAUCGUCGCGCAAGACGAACGUCGCAAAUCGAAAAUUGCGCGGGCUCAACAACAUUACCAACAUAUGCUGUCAAAAAAAAAACAAGAGAUUGAAUUUCGACUCCUGAAAAAAAAAGAGUCCAAAAAAAACGAAAGUAUGGAAAUGAUCAAUAAAAAAAAUGAAUGGCGCAAAAGUAUCGAGCAAUACCUUGUUGAAAAAAAACAAACCGACUUUUCUUUAUUACCGAAUAAUUUUCGAAGGCCCGAAGUUGAGAGUCCCCUUGAAAUGAAAGAUAUUGAAAUGCUCGUAGAUUCACCACAAGAGGUAAUCAAGUCCUCAUUGGCGUCUUUUGAAGAGAAAACACAGGAGCAUCAGAGUACAGCGAUUCAAGAUGAUGGUUUAAAAUCAAAUAAUUCCGUUUCUAAUAUGGAAGAUAUAUUUGACAUUUAUCAAAAUGGCAUCGAAAGUUCCGCAUUUUCUGGUUCAGAGAACAACGACUCAACUAUUGUUUUGUUAGAGAGGUUAUUGCAAAUUCAAUCGUCAAUAUCUACCUAUGCGCACAAGGAAUAUAUCCUUCCACUGGGAGCAAUCACAGAACUUGUUAUUAGGAGAACACUUCUUUGUCACUGUAGAUUAAUUAACGCAUCAAUUUUGUCCAUAUUUUUUCAUGACCUUGGUCUUCGUGCACAUCUAAACGUUUUGAGAGAUUUCAUGCUUAUGGGCAAUGGGUCGUUUGUUUCUGGGUUGACAGAUGCGCUGUUUAGUGAUAAUGUUGACCGAGGCGAAAGUUCGUAUUCGACAAAUUAUAACAUUGGAACGGGAGUUGGGAUCCGAUUAAACAGUCGCCAAACUUGGCCGCCUACUGGUGUUGAGUGGAAAAUGGCUUUGAAUGCAGUGAAGAUUGAAGCCAUUAUGUCAGAAAGAAAAUUAGAAAACGAUAAUCAAUCACCCAUUAACGUUUUGGGGAAUGUUAAUGACUUGGAUAACAUGCUUAUGUUUGGAAUCCGGAGCGGAGAUGCUAGUAAUUCGGUAGAAAGCCUAGACCCCAAUUCUUUAGAAGCUCUAGAUUUUCUUUAUUUGGAAUAUAAAGCUCCAUAUCCUAUUAAUGUGAUAAUAACUCCUAAUGUACUCCAAAAAUACAAUACUCUUUUUACGUUUCUUUUACGAGUACUUCGACUGAGCAUAGUGGUUCGUCACAUAUAUCGUCUUUCGCAUGAUAGGUGUAACCCUGUUGAUAAUAGUGACGAAUUGGCAGAAAAUAUUAAACUUAUGCAUAGAUUUCAGUUUGAAGCGCAACAAUUUGUUUUUACAUUGCAUGGAUAUAUGUUUGACAUAGCAAUAUCAGCUACAUGGAAACAUUUUAUGAAACGACUAAACAAAAUAUCGGAAGAAUCUGAGUUUGAAUUACCUCGAGAACAUCUGUGGGGACGAACGAGUAACAGUGACGCUGCAAGUUAUUAUGAUGGUCAAUCAGACACACGAUCGGAGGAAGUUGAUGAUGAACCUGAAGGAGAUGCUGUUGAAGGAGACGUUAAAGACCUCGAGUCAUUGCGAGCAUAUCACGAACAUGUCUUGGAUAGAAUGUUUUGGCAAUGUCUACUCGAAACGAAACAGAAACCUCUAGCUGAGUUUCUUAAUAGAAUUCUCAAGGUGAUACUUGAAUUCGCACAGCAGUUACGAUUACGUUAUCGUCGGUAUAAUUCGGAACAACGGGAAGAAUAUUGGAAUGAAAUCAAAACUUUAUAUAUAAAAUUUCGAAAGUACACUGCGAAAUUGGUAAAUUGCCUUAUGGAGUACGAAGAAAAGGGGGGUGGUAGGCUGGGGUUGGGGAUUAAACGCUGUAAUAUCGGUCCAAAAACCCAUAAAACAAGUGGAAAAUCUUAUCAUGAUAAGAUAGAUAAUCAAUCAGGUGUGAGGGGAUUUUUACAAGAAUUGUUAGUAAGGUUGGAUUUUAAUGGGCAUUACGCCCGUGUUUAUGCGGAUGAG